UCACAGAAUGCAUGUCCUGUGUGACCUUACAAAAUAUUUUUUCUUGCUUACCAUAUGUAUGUACGGCUCCUUUUUUCUUAGAAAUCACUUAAUGGGGCAACUGUAUGUACUACAUGUGGGAACAUCACUGAGAGAGCAUGGUUAUUUUACUAUAUUUCAAUGGUUUUACUCACAAGUCUAUGUAAAAGUGAAAUGCAAAGGCAAAGAACAUGUCAUUGUCCAUUGACAGUGAUAAAAUCUGAGUUAGCAGAGGUAUAAUUCGAAUAUAUUAAAAAUAACACAUUUAAAUAUUUUUUAAAACACAACAGCCAGUACACUACUUAGAUAGUGAAUUUUUUGCAGACCAAUAGGAAACGAAGAUAAUAAUAAAAAAUGCAAAAUACAAUAAAAUGUCAGACAUUUGAUUACACUGUCUUUAAAAUCAAAAACUGUUUCUUUAUAAUUCACAACGUGCAAAGAUUCAUUCAGGACUGUUCACGUCGCUGCUGUGCACAAAAUGGUGAGGGAUGAAGUCAUCGUUCUUACGAUAGUUCAUUGGAGGCUGCGGAGGCAGACAUAUUACACGCAAAUCUCCGCUCGUGCUUGUCUUCUUGAAGAUCCUCGUUGCGUUAAUUUCUUGUUCAAAAGGUUUUCUGGUCUUUUUAUCACUGUACAUCAAAUUUCAAGGUUGUCAGUGCGGAUUUUUUUCUCUGUUGAUGGCUCGUCAUAUUCUUCCGUGUUCCCGGACGGGGUUUGUCUCAGUAUUUCUCUUUCUUUCUGCCAUGAUGAACUCGGUAUCUGCAGUAACUCAUUAUUCUGUCCCUGAAGAAAUGGAUGAAGGCUCAGUCGUUGCGAAUUUAGCAACGGAUUUGGGAUUAGACGUGAAGACUCUGAGUAAAAGAAAAAUGCGCGUAGACGCUGUAGGAAACAAAAAAUAUCUCGACAUCAACAAAGACACGGGGGAGCUGUUUAUUUUGGAGAGGAUUGACAGAGAAUUUCUCUGCCCCCUGAAGACAACUUCGUACUGCGUUCUUAAAUUAGACGCCACGAUUGAAAACCCGAUACGAAUGUUUAAUAUUGAAGUGGAAGUCUUGGAUAUUAAUGAUAAUGUUCCUCAUUUUCGUCGGGGAACCAUGCAUUUGGACAUUUCAGAAUCAAGCCCGAUCGGAGAGCGAUUCUCACUGAAUAAUGCUGCAGACCCAGAUGUUGGAACAAAUUCUGUUAAAGAUUACCACCUGAGCUCAAGCGAACAUUUCUCAAUUGAAAUUCAGACCGGGAGAGAUGGGACUAAGUUUGCAGACUUGAUCCUGAAGAAAGCUUUAGACAGAGAGCAGCAGGCUGUGCAUAAUCUAAUACUCACUGCUGUGGACGGUGGAGUCCCCACGCGCACAGGUACAGCCAGCAUCAUUGUCCGUGUGCUCGAUGUGAACGACAACGCCCCUUCAUUUGACAAAGACAAAUAUGUGGUGGAUGUGAUGGAGAACUCUCCCAUUGGCAGUCUGGUUGUCAAACUGAAUGCAACUGAUUUAGAUGAAGGGUCCAACUCUGAUGUUGUUUAUUCAUAUAGUUUGUACACAUCAGAGAGAACACAGAAUAUGUUUAACCUGAAUCCACAAAAUGGUGAAAUCAGAGUAAAAGAGAUGAUAAACUAUGAAGAUUUAAAAUUUUAUGAAAUGGAGGUUAUAGCCAGCGACAAAGGAUCUAAUUCUUUAUCUGGACAGUGUAAACUAACAAUACAGGUGACAGAUAUGAAUGAUAAUCACCCAGAAAUUUCCAUCAAAUCUUUUCAAAGUCCGAUUAAAGAAAGACGCCCACAGACACAGUGA